AUGGCUCUACCGCUGCUGCUUACCCUGCCGAAGGAGCUCUGGCAAAACGUGGCCGUUGAGGUUGUUACCUCUGUAUUGGACGAUGAAGACAAAGCCAAUCGCCAGCUGCCCUUCCCAGCGAGCCUUCUCCCCCCACUCAAGAACCCCCGUACAUCUGGGUACGCGGGGUCCAUCGGUCGAGAUACUAUUCCCUGUCCAUUGGCACGCUGGGACCCCAGUCUCCCGGCUCUGCCUUGCACAAGCCGUGAUGGUAGGCUCAGCCGGCAGACACAACACUGCUCCUUGCAACACCCGCCGUACAAUCGAUCAUCCAUCCUCGCGCUCUUGGCUAUUUGUCGUGUACUCCGGGAACACCUCAUCGGUCUCCAGCCCUUCUGGGCCCAGAUCGCACUAUUAUUCCCCGCAUUCCUUCCGGACUCCCUCGAAUGGGCCGGGCAUAGUUUGAAAUAUCCCUUCCGACUGGAAACAGCGUUCGGGUUGUGCUCCUGCAUACUCCCCAUGCUCUUACCGCGCGUCGCACGUGCUACACAUAUACGUGUUGCGUUACCCUGCGCACCGUUUGGCGAACGAUAUCCCUGCGAUCAAAUCCUUGACUUGUUGAAAGAUUCCCCUCAUCACCGCAUACAACAUGUGGAGGCGCGGCAAGAUUUGCCUACCGGUACUGCAAUGCAUAGCCCACAAGCGCUCGAACUUCCGUCGCUUCGUUCAUUUGCUGGGGUGAACACGUUACGCACAGCCUACAGCAAGAGCUUAAGAAGACUGUACCUCGCGUCACAAGGUGACAAUGUUGCCUUACCAGUCGAUUUUUUUCUGGGGGUGCUAUGUGAAUGUCCACGUCUCGAGGAGCUGGUCGUUCAAACCGCACUUCGAGACGCCGUCGACGAUAUUGACGACCAGUCUCCCAUAAUCCAUCUACCAAAUCUAAGGUUCUUCCUGCUAUGCGACUACCUCGAACGCUGGCGUCUUAUUCUGUCAGGAAUAGACAUCCCGGACAGCACCUCUAUCCACGCAGACAUCGUAAUGGACCACUUGUCUCAGCGCGUAGGCAAGUUCAGGAACUUUGCCAUCAUGGCAGCUCAGGACUGUCUGCCCGCUCGGAUGUCUUGUAGAGCGGUGCUGGUCGAAUAUCAUGAAGUGGAAAAAGAGCGCUCCAUGAAAGAUCGCGCUGGACCUCAGUUUGUCAGCUUCGUCUUUGGUGACACAGAAGAUGCUGUUUGGGCCGAACGGAAUCCUGUGCGAUGCACUGCACGAAACAGCCUCACGUUUCGCUUUCAAGGAGAAGCACUUGUGAAGAGGUAUCCCGCGGAGGAAUGGGAACUUGACGGCCGCGCCUGGUAUCCUCCAGAAAGCAAUAAUCUCUUUCAGGACCUGCUGUCUGGUAUCAGCUACGCCUUGAACUCCCGCCAUCUCGAGCAUCUCAACUUUGGAACCACGGAAACAUUCAUCGAGAAAGCGGGAGGUCGAGUGAGACAUCUGUCCAGCUGCGGACAGAUCGCGGAGACGUUCCCAAACCUUCGUUCGUUGGUCAUAUACGGAGUCACCAACGACAUGUUCCAUGUUGUCUCUGACAUGAUCAAAGAGUUGGUCUUGGAGAAAAGUCCGUGGUACAAUCUCAAGCGAGUUCGACUACCGGACUGGGAGGGUGCAGAGACAUGCCGGCAUAUAUGGAAUGAUCUCAUCCGGACAAACACCAUGAGGAAGGAAAGGAAGGAUAUUGAAUGGUUGUUCUCUUAG